UCCCCAGCCUCUUUACUGGCUCCCUCUGGUCUUCCCCUCGGCCUCCCUCCUGCUUCCCUUUGGUCUCCCGUCACCCUGACUCCCUUCCUGGCUCCCUCCGGCCUCCUCCUUGGCCUCCUUCCUGCUUCCCUUCGGCCUCUGGCCUCCUCCUUCCUGGCUCCCUUAGGUCUGGCCCCGACCUCGUGCCGGAAACCCCCCCUUCCCCCAGGACCCUGUCGAGGUGCGGAGCCCGCUGCAGGUGUCCAGGGGAUCGCGGCCCCCACCCCUGAGCCUACAGCCCAGGGGAUUGCUGCUCCGGGAGGGUCUUCGGGAUGCUUGUUUAAGGGUUGAUAAAGACAGGAGCGGGGUGAUAUCGGACAACGAGCUUCAGCAAGCACUCUCCAACGGCACGUGGACUCCAUUUAAUCCAGUGACUGUCAGGUCAAUCAUAUCUAUGUUCGACCGAGAGAACAAGGCUGGCGUGAACUUCAGCGAGUUCACUGGCGUCUGGAAGUACAUCACAGACUGGCAGAACGUCUUCCGCACCUAUGACAGGGACAACUCUGGGAUGAUUGACAAGAACGAGCUCAAGCAAGCCCUCUCAGGUUUUGGGUACCGGCUCUCUGACCAGUUUCACGACAUCCUCAUUCGCAAGUUUGACAGACAAGGGCGGGGGCAGAUCGCGUUUGAUGACUUCAUCCAGGGCUGCAUCGUCUUGCAGAGGUUGACAGAUAUAUUCAGGCGUUACGAUACGGAUCAGGACGGCUGGAUUCAGGUGUCAUAUGAACAGUAUCUGUCCAUGGUCUUCAGCAUCGUAUGACUCUGGCCUGUGCAAAUAACAGCAUGACUUACAGAAGGAAGACUAAAAAUGCCAAAUCACCCUUUAAAGAAACGGAACACAAAUGCAGCUAGAUACUGUUUUUUCUUUAGAUUUUAUAUAAUUAACAUUUGGGGACCUGACUGUACAUAUGUGGAUAAGCUGAUUAAGAUUUUUGCAAAUGUAACAAUAGUUAUAACUCACAUACAAACAUUUGAUUUGAGACUAUUCAAUUGUGCCAUGAGGUAAGAUAUAAUAAUGUUUCAGUGUCUUGCAUGCAAAAAAUUCAUCAUGUGCAUUUCUAGAUAGCUCCAGUUCUAUAGUGGAAGUACUUUUAUUAGCCAAUAAGAAUUUAAAAAUAAUAGAGAACUUGCACAGAGGCUUUUAUGUGCCUUACAUUUUUAAAACAGGGUUUAUUGUAUUUGUUUGAAUAUGCAACGUAAGCAAUAAAGCAAAUGCGCACCCGG